AUUCUCUCUAGGCAGAUGCUAUGAGUUUCAGAAUCCUCCUGGGCUCAGCCAACCACAAAGAUGAGUGCCACAGAGUGCAUGCUGAAGACAGAACUCACCUCCCCAGAUGGCUUGCAUGAGGCAGAAAAGGGUAAAAAACUCCAAAGAAAAUGUUUAACACUUGCUUCUCCUGUAACAUCCACCAAGCUUUGCCUCUGCUGUCUGCUGACCACUGUCCUCACUGCAGCUGUAGUUGGGCUUUCUGUUGCUUUGUUAGUGAGAAAGCCAGAACAGGCCAUCUCGAACCCUAUCUACUAUCCUUCCUGCCCAAGAAACUGGAUUGGAUUUGGAAAUAAAUGCUACUAUUUUUCUGAAGACACAAGAAAUUGGACACACAGUGAGAAUUUCUGUAUGGCAUUGCAAGCUGUACUCGCUCAGUUUGAAAAUCUGGAAGACCUGAAUUUCCUGAGGAGAUAUAAAGGCCCUUCUGAUCACUGGAUCGGCCUGCACAGAGAAUCAUCAGGACAGCCUUGGAAGUGGACAGACAACACUGAAUACAACAACACGGUUUCCAUCCGAGGAGUGGGAGAACACGCCUACCUGAAUGACAAUGGAAUUAGCAGUGCCAGGGUCUAUGCAGAUAGGAAGUGGAUUUGUAGCAAGCCCAACAGCUACAUUCUCCAGUGCCAAAUACCUUCUACUUAUUUUUAGACUGUAGCAGAGGUGCAUUUUAAUUUGCUAUCUGCAGUUGUCAAACUGUUAUUCAAAUUAUCAAAUUGUUAUCCAAUGCAUCAUACAUGUAUUGACAGCAAAGAUGAAAACCAGAUUAGAGGACUAUGCACAUGGGACAUAGAAAUGAUUCUAAAUUACACAGGGGUUUUCAGAUGAGCUGGUUCUCGUAUUUUAAAGCUAAAGUUUAAUCAUAUCGGUGUAAGUGAACUCCACUUCUGGGACAUUGAAUUUUUGCACAUAGUCAAUCUUUGCUGUGAAUACAUGGGAUCAUAAAGAGAGCAGCAACGAAAGUCAUGGAAGUGAUUUUUAAUAAUCAUAAGAAAGACGAUAAUUGGUCCAUAGUCUUCAAAAACUUCAAAGUCAUAUCUACAAUUUUUUACAAAGUUCAAUUACCAACCUAAAGGAGAAUUUGAAAGUAUUACGCUAAGAUUUACUUUACAAUUUAAUUUAAAACAUUAGGAACAUUGUCAAAAAACACUUUAGUUCUCAGCGUCCAUGUUUUCAAUUACAGUGUCUUAAGUAGAUAUAAAGACAAAUGACAUUUUAAU